CCCGUUGAUAGAUCUGCGGGGGAGCGGCGCUUCAAAGCACAAAGGGCUGUAAUUAUACGCACUGGUGGGAGGAGCUAGUCAUUCCAAUGUCUCCGCUCCUAGCAAUCACCCGGUGAAUUAUUCUAGCAGGACCUGACUGCUUUCUUGGGCUGUAGGUGAGCCAAGGUAGGCGGUAAAGGGUGCACCGUCCACUGACUCUUGCCGUCACGGUAGGCUGCCUCCUGGGUCCGCAGGGCUUGUUCCGGGCUUUGCACCUCCGUACCGUCCGUUCGUCUGUCUGCCGUUACUGUGCACAAGGCCCUCUCGCCUGCCGCUCAAAUGAGGGUGCACUGCUGGUUUCACCGUACGCUAAGACGCUGUCUCAACCGUGCAUGCACCACGCCAGCACCGCCUCUGUUCCAAGCUCCAGCCUGCUCGCUCCAAGCAGUGCCAUAUAAGCCCAUUUUCCUUUAUCCUAGCGGACACUUAUUUACCACCGUAGACCCACAACAAAGGAAGAUCCAAACUUCUUCGCGGCUCAAAGAUCCUCGAGACUGCUUGUGAUCGAUGUUGAUUUGUUUCUCCUGGACAUGACCUCUUCUCUGUUUGGGGAUCAGCCACGUCUGGGAACUACUCCUCUAGCCAUGCUUGCCGCUACCUGCAACAAGAUUGGUACCAAGACCCCACCACCAUCUAUGACUGACGUCUCCACCCCCCAGACCAAAGGCUUUCUACCCUUCAAAAAGACUCCCUCCAUGUCCGACCUACCCACAGCUCUAGCCGACUCUAGGAUGCCCACCGUCCCUUCCGCCUCGGCGGCCAACGGCUUUACUCCUUACUCCAUUUCGCCGGCCGUGGCCGUCCACAACUCCUCAUUGACCAGCUCCACGGCGGCCGCCGCCGCCUACAACGAGAUGCUGGCCCACGGAAGGACUUCCCUUAAAUCCAGCCUGCCGUGGACCUCCACAGAUUCCGCGUCCCAGCCGGCCAUAAUCCACAAACUGCACGGCAGCACGGCCGACCACUUGGUAAACGUCUGCCCUGGCGUGCCCAUUUGCCCGCACCCCUACGACUCGUGGCUGAAGGCGUCCACCGCGGCCGCAGCCGGCAUCGCAAGGGACUCUAGCUCGGCCUCCACCCUCAGCUGGUGGGAGCUGCGCGGUGGCUCGAGUUGGCUAGACCUCCACCCGAGCACCGCCGUGGCGCUCAGCUCCCAGCUCCCCAAAUAUUCCAGUUACGCUGCUGAGUGUGCUGCCUUGAACGCCACCCACCCUGUGUUCAGCACCCCGAGUGGCCACCCCUUCAUGACCGCGCCUCCCCUCUUCACCCACGAUAGUCUGGGAUCUUUAGUACCGCCGGGCUGCGAUCUGAUGAGCUUGUCCCAGAUGCGAUCCCCCUUCCUGACGCCCAGUGGAUUCAGCGGACUCUCCCUGUCAUCCCGAGCAAACCGGCGAUACACGGGUCGGGCCACCUGCGACUGCCCAAAUUGCCAGGAGAACGAGCGGCUGGCCGCGGCCGGCCAACCCAUACGCAAAAAGAACAUCCACACCUGCCACAUCCCAGGGUGCGGCAAGAUCUACGGCAAAACGUCCCACCUCAAGGCCCACCUGCGCUGGCACACGGGCGAGCGGCCCUUCGUCUGCAACUGGCUGUUCUGCGGAAAGCGAUUCACCCGGUCGGACGAGCUCCAGCGGCAUCUACGGACCCACACGGGCGAGAAACGAUUCGCCUGCCCCACGUGCAACAAGCGAUUCAUGCGGAGCGACCACCUGAGCAAGCAUAUCAAAACUCACAACGGCAACACCAGCAGCAGCAGUAGCACAGCCAGCAGCAGCACCUCUUCAACUGCUAAGAAGAAUGCCGUAGCCGCUGCCAGCGGUAGCGAGUCGGAGAGCAGUCCAGGUGAGCUGGGGAGCGAGGGGAAUCCUUCCCCUCUCCCAACAAAGAACACGAGCUCCUCGUCGUCGUCGUCCAGGAGCCAGCACGAGGUAAAGAUGAUCACAUCUUAAAAAGGUGACAAGACAGACUCUACAACAAACACAUUUCAUUGGUAUUCGCCGCUAAGCCACAGCCAGCAGUCUUGCAGUGUUCUCGCAAAGUCUCGUCAAAUCCCGAAAAGUGGUGUGUGUGUAUGUUUAUAGAGAUAUUCCUUUUUUUUCUAGCAGGGAGCUCGACGCCUAUUGUGGAUUCCUUUUAAGAAACACGACGUCGCAUUUGGUGGCGUCUGUGUCGGUCACAACUACAGCAAAAAUAAAACGUUUAAUCCUUAAUAAUUGUUACACGGUGUGUGGUGAGUGUGUGUACAUGACGUGUGUAUAUAAUGCAGGCAAUAUGUUAUCAGAACUUCUCUACAAAUUCCCGGUUUUCGAGACUGAAAUAGAGUAAGUAACGACCACGCUUGCCACCCACUAUUGAAGAUUUCUGUUGUAGAAGUUAUCAGUUUCCAUUUACCCGAAGACAAUUCGAAAUUGACAUGGGGUUGUCUGGCAUGUGUAUAUUGUUGAAUUCGAGGCUAAAACUGUCCUACUUCUAUCGGCAACAUUUUUUUCUGCAUCGAUAUGACAAUUUUGUCUUCAGUCACUGUUCAAAAGUAUUUACUCCAGAAAAUUUUAUUACUCGGCGUUUUUUGUUGUAGCACUUGUAGAUGUUGCAGUCCUGAUUUCAACCUGACCGUCUCAUUAGGGGCGGAGGUUUUUUUUUUGGGGGGGGGUGAUAGGCAAUUUGUGUACACGUAUUUGUUUGGUCAUUGUCGAGGUUUAAGGCUUCAUGUUGGGGGGUUUUACACACUGCGGAGGAGAGGAUAAUGAAACAUUUCCAAAACUCGUCCUUCUUUCUUUGAACUUGAGCUUACAAACCGAAAAGUGAUCCUCUUGACCCUUUGCCCCCUCCAUUGCAUUCGCCAGUGAUUCACAUGUCCGGCCAAAAUGUUUGACUAGGGAAAUUUUCAAAAGCUCCCAACGUCACAACAUUCAACAUUAAAAUGUCAACGUGUCUUUUCUACUGGCAGAAAUAAGAUUUUUCUUCUACUUGUCGGAAAAUCUAACAAUCUCACUAAUAAUGAGAGAGGUCUAUGUCUUCGCAAAAAGUGAACAUUUUCUUUGUUCAAAUCCCAACAAUAUGAAGUUAUGGAUUCUUGCACAAUGCAAGAAAUCAUUCAGGAAUUUUACACUCACAAUUUGACCAUAUUCCAAUCUAAUACCGAUUAAUAACAUUCUGUUGAAAUGUUUUCAUUUUGAAAAGGAGGAUAUUUGGAAAUUUCCUAAGAACAGUCGAAACCUAAAUAACUUUCAUACAUGGAGAAUUCCACACACUAUUGCUUCAGGAUCAAACCGUGCUUUCAGCUUCUUGUGUAAACUGCAUUUUUAGAGAAGAAAUGUCGACUUUAAAGUGCACCCAAGUCUCGCAAUUCAAUAGCAAUGUGCUUCAAGGGGCACCUUUCCAAGGGAGAAAUUAAAGUGUGAAAGUGCGAGAUAAAUCGAGAGAACGCGAGAGAUGAGUGAGUCUUUACUUUCAUGUGCAAACAGUAGGUAUAUUACUUGUACGUCUGUUAUACUUUCUUUUUUGUUAGAGUAAACCCACUGCUUUCUACCUCACGUUUAGUGUCCCGCACAAACUUCACACUUAAUGUCGUUUGCAUUCACUCCCCUGCUUUCCCGCCAUUUUGUAUUCCCAUGUUGAACGCAAGGGCAACGGCAAUGCGUAUAUAGUUUUCUUGAUUAGAUUUACAACUCGUAAAAUUUAAUUUGUGAGCUCGAAUCGGUCCGCGUCUUAGACGAAAGAGGCAUUAUUCCUCUUGUAUAAUGGGUUGAAGUAUGACUUUGGGGGCCUUUUUUUCAUUCUGUGAUUUUUCGAACCGAAUGAGUCGAUUGCAUUUUCUAUAGCUUCUGCCGAGCUUCUGCCGGCGAGGCUUAUCUAAUUUCGAUUCUGUGAUGCAUCGAAUAUUGAUUUUUCUCCCCUCUGAGCCGAUUAUGUCAGCCUUACCUCUUGACUUACAACGUACGGUUUCUAUUUUAUUCCUCCAAACCGAAUAAUAAGCGUUAUAGUGUUCCUACAACCGAACCAAGUAUUCCGUAGCAUUCCGUCUCAGUGCUCUUCUCACUGUGAAUUGGGGUCAUUUUGCCUAAAUGUCAAUUCGCUCUUUGUUCAUUCAUAUAACUUUGGAAUCAUUGACUGAAAGAAAUCAGUGUUGUUUUUCUCAACAGUGUGAGGGACUUAUCGAGCUCUAAACCUUUCAAUCGUCACAGGUUUCUCUUCUUUAACUUGUAAAAAUUACUUAAAACCGUAGGUAGCAACGACAAUUUCGGGAAAAUGUUAUCUAAAUCCCAUUCAGUUGCCAUGUAAAUCUCAGAUGCCUGAUUCUUUUGUGUAGUCUUUUUGCGAGAGAUUGUCUCCGUGAUGUUUUGGUUCAGAAUUAUUUUUUUUCACCGCCUUGAGAAGGACAAAAAAAUGCCCACGAUGUAUUCGGCUACGUCAGUAGUCAUGUGGUUCCUUUCAAAACAUGUAUUCCGGACUGUUUUGUAUUCCUAGUCAGUCUAUCUAUCAUGUUGUUUUUUGAGGAGGGGGUUCGUAUCGUGUGUGGAUGUGCUCAUUUUUUGAUUUUAGGUCCAUGAAGGCCACAUGAUGUCAACCUCAUAAGAUCGGUUCAAGGAUCCGCUGAAGUUGACAUGUAAAACAAUUGACAUGUACGUCACGAUUAGCAGACAACGCUGAUAAACAAUAGAACUCAGAAUUUCCAUAAGUGGUGUUUCCAGAUUAGGCCAACCUACUGAAAAAAAGAAACACCAAAGAUGUCAUUCUUUAGAAACCCAGUCCACUUGGUUUUGUUUCGAUGAUGUUUCAAUUGUGGGUAGCUUACAUGUGCGUCGUGGUCAUCUUUUUUUACCCUCUUUUUCAAAAGGUGCGAAAAUACAGGCGGUUUAUCAAACUUGAGCAGUAUUCUCUUCCAGAAAAGCUGUUUUUGUAGAAUUCCAAAUUCGUCUGCACACGAGGCGUAUUUCGAGGCACACUCUUCAUCGUGGAAACGCUCGUGUAAGAUUUAAAGCAGUGUAGUUCUUGUUUUAUCCACUAUCUUAAAAUAGUAAAAAUUCACACAUCUCUGUAUUGUGGUACACGACUUGUAAUUUGAACACUAGGUGUUUACGGCGUCGUCGACCUCUUUCUUUUCUGUAUUUUUUCGGAGUUUUAUUUGGUUUAUAAUGAGUAAUAAAGACUAUAUCAGUGCACAUACUAGGCGCCUGUCCCACAGGUAUGUACAUAUUUAAAUGUAAGAGUGUAUAAUUACCAUUACUAUAGAGUGUGGGGCUAUAAUAUUGAUAUUAUAAAUGUUGAUUAAAAUGAUUGUCUUAUAGUGUAAA